AUGAUCGAUGAUAAUCAAGCUCGUGCGUCAAGUAAAAGAAAUACUCACCAACCGACUUGGGGGGGUCUCACAACUAUUGUUGUUGACGCUAAUGGACACCUUUUGGGUCGUCUUGCCGCUAAGGUUGCCAAGGAACUCUUGAGCGGACAAAAGGUCACUGUUGUCCGUUGUGAAGGUAUCCUCAUCUCUGGUCCAAUGAGACGUAACUUGUUAAAGUGGGACGCUUUCAUGAACUUGACCAUGAACACCAACCAUGCCCGUGGUCCACGUCAUUACCGUACUCCAUCUAUGAUGUUCUGGCGUACCGUCCGUGGUAUGUUGCCACACAAGACCUUCCGUGGUGCUCUUGCUCUCCGUAGAUUCAAGGUCUUCGAAGGUAUCCCAGCCCCAUACAACACCCAAAAGAAGAUGUGCGUCCCAUCCGCUCUCAAGUCUCUCACCCUCAACCCAAUCAGAAAGGUCACUGUUCUCGGUGAACUCGCCUCCAAGGCCGGUUGGAAGCACAAGGACGUCGUCCAAAGACUCGAAGCCCAACGUAAGGAGAACGAUGUUGCCUACCACCGUAAGCAAGCCCUCCUCAGAUACUACAAGAGACAAGCUGCCAAGAAGGUCGGUACUGCUUAA